CUUCUCUCUUCGCAUUUUUGAAUUCGCGAUUGACCAAGUAUCACAAGAAGGAAUUUAGUUACGUUUCUCUUCUCCCUAUGCUUGGUAACACACCUUCAUCUUUUUUUAUGGAUAUACUUUUCUCUUUUGUCUCUUUAUCUACUUGACAUUACACGACAUCGUCUUAUCUCUGCUUUGGUAACAGAGGGAUAGCGGCCCAAAAUGAAACUGCUGCCCGUUUUUGCCGUCUUCCUCUUGGGCUCUACAGCCCAAGCAGGGCUUUUCUCUCGUGCCCCGGGAGGUGGGUUCUUUGGUGGGAGCUUUGGGUUUGGGUUUGGAAGUGGCAACAAUGGCAACAAUAACAAUAAUGUCGACGGCCCUGGUUCAGAUGGCGAAUUCAACACAGCUGUUGACGGCCCUGGUCGAAACGGGGAGAACUUUGACCCUACCGCUGCCGGUCCUGGGUUUAAUGGUGGUGGCGGUGGUUAUGGGGGUGGAUAUGGAGGAGGGUACAGCGGCAGUGGAAGAGGUCAAAGCUGGAGGAGUAGAUGGAGAGGGAGAUUCCGUGGCGGAUCCAGCAAUGGAAAUGGCAACGGCAACGGUCAAGGACAAGCCGGCAACGGACAAGGUGGUGAAAAUGGCGCUGGCGAUGCCCAGCAGCCGCCCCAACCAAAGAAUGUCCUCAUGAAAAUCGGGAAUACUAUCCUCCCGCCCGGAGGGCAAUGCACCUUUGACGAUCUCACUCAAGAACCAAUCCUCCUUUUUCCUCAGGGAGCCCUCAACAGAACUUACCUCGCCGUUGGUCUCUCCAUGUCUCUUAAUAUCUCCUCCUUUGCAGCCUUCGAUCCCACUUCGCUCGUUGCAGCAGCACAGUUGUCCUUGACGUACCUCCAGUCGGGGCUGAGACUGCGGGAUUUUGAGAACCCGGUGUUGACGUCGGAGACGAACCCACUGGUGCCGUUUAUGAUGGUCAAUGGGGGGAAUGGGACGGGGCAGGUGAUGAUGAUUACUAUGCUGUAUACCCAGCCUCAGCCGUUGGUUAUUGAGGAGGGGGUUCAGAUUGGUUUGGCGGAGAUUGCGGGGAAUGCUGGUGCUGGUGCUGGUGCUGGGGCAGGUGCUAACGCUACGGCGGGGGCAUCAAGGGCUCUUACGACGCUCACGCAGGAGGUUACCAUCACUGUUACUGACGAGGCGAACGUGGCGGUUACGUCUACGAUUACGUUUGUGUCGACGAUUAUGGUCGCUGAUACUACGGGAGCAGGAGCAGGAUGUGAGGCUACUCCUGAGCCGGUUACGGUGACGGUUACUGUUACUGCUGGGGCGGAGGCGGGGGCGAGUGCUACUGCUGGUGCUGGAGCUGAUUCUGGGUCGGAGUCGGGAUCUGGGUCUGGAUCUGGUAGUGGCUCUGGAUCAGGAUCUGGCAACGGAGACGGUGGGCGCAAUGGUGGUGACUCGGGAUCUGACAACAAGGAGCCAUGCGAUAUCUGCGAGAGCAUCCACGGUGGUGACAACAAGGACGGAAAGGACAGGGGCGACUCUGGUUCUGGUUCAGAUCGUGGCAGCACCGAUGAUGGUCGUGAGAAUAAGGAUGAUAAGGACCGAGAUGGCAACAACCGUGACUAUGGAUCUGGUGGCUCUCGAGGGGGCUUUGGUGAUGAUGACCAGAACGACCGUGAUAACAAGGACAAUAAGGAUGGCAUGGACGGUAUGGACAAGGGCAAUAAGGAUAACAAAGACAAUAAGGAUAACAAGGACAAGAAUAACAAGGACAAUGAUAACGGCAACGGCGACGAUAGAGGCAGCUCUGGGUCCGGCUCUGAUAGCCCGUGCCAGCGCCCGGGAGGCGACUGUAACAACAUGGGCGGUGGCCGCGGAAACAGCACAUCCACUGGCGGCACUGACUCCAAAGACAACAAGGACAACAAGGACAACAAGGACAACAAGGACAACAAGGACAAUAUGGGCAACGGAGGCAAUCGCGACGGCCAAAACGGAGAGAACAACAACGGCGAGGGCAAAGACGCCAACAGCCCAUGCAGCACCUGCAGCGAAGGCGGCUCGAAGACCACAACAGACGCCGGAUCCAACGGCGACGACGACAACAACAGGCGUCCUGCGCCCACGUCAACGGCAUCUGGUGGGGGUGAGGGAAAAGACGGUAAAGGUAGCAACGGCGGAACAGGUCCGAUAACCUCCUCCAUGACUGAUAACACUCCUUCCCCGACGAAUGCUGACACGGCUGGCAGCGCACCAACAUCAGUAUUCAAACUGACGGUAAUAUACCCGAUCGAUGCCACGACGUCGGCUGGGAACGGAACGAUACCUGCUGGUGCUGCGGCUCAGGCAGGGAUGAACGACUCGCCCAGCGUUGAAACGGCUGCCGCCACCGCUUUGGGGGCCGAGAGCACCGAUUUAGCUUCUUCUAGUAGCUCUGGGCCGGCGAUUGUGGUUGUUGGGAGUGGAGCGAUGAAGGAGGCUCAUCCUGGGGCUGUUUCGGCGUUGCUUCUUGGGGGGGUUGCGGUUGUUUUCUUUGUAUUUUUGUAG